GAGAAAUGCUCCCUAUUGUAGAUGUGGACACCAUCGUCGAACCCGGUGCUUCAGCGUUGGCCAUCUCAUCAUCAAGCAUACCAACUUCUGGCGUUGAAAAUGAUUCUCUGGGAACCCUCCUUGAUGAUGUGAUGGAUGAGGACAUAAUACCCGAGCCGAGUGCUUCAACGGUGGCCAACCCAUCCAUGCCACCAUUCACCAUUGGAACCGAUGAUGAUCUAGAUAACUUUCUCAAGGAUGUCAUGCAUGAGGACAGAAUCCCCGAAGAGGAAAUGGAUGAGGAGUACUACUUGUUUGCCGGGGAAGGUAAAUUCUGAGAUGUUAAGAUUAUAAAAUAACGAGCACGUUUCUGUUAUAGUAUAAUACA